AUGCCUCGAUUCACCUUUCCCAUACCGGGUCGGCGCCAGAAACAACAACAACCAUUGUCGAUUGCCUCGCCUCAACAAGUCGGCGGCGGCGGGGGCCCUGGUCUGACAAAGGCGCAAAGGAUUCUAGGCCUUACCGAUAUCAGUGUGGAUGCUCACAGCGGGGCAAAUUGGGAUGCACAGUCGAACACGGGCAUUGGCGCAAGCGCCAUGGCAAGCGAGGCCACCCACGCCGAGACCAGGUCCAUCGGCGCUGGCGAGCACACUUAUCAGACGUCCGAGGUCGAGGUGGGAACGAUAGAGGUUGAGCUGGACCUGGAAGAUGAGGAGUCUGGUAUUAUGCCCUUGGCCCUAGACCGCAAGCUUUCUAAUGCUCGACACCAGAGCAUUGCCGACUUCCACGACGCCGUCUCGGAUGCAUCGAGUGUCCGCCGUCGACAAUCGAGCUCGACCAUCAACUCGUUCUACGACAAAUCCAAACAACCUCUCCGAAUAUCGCAGCAGACCUCAUCCUCAGCUAUGGCCAUGGGUCUGCUAAAUAAACAACCUCAAGGUGUUCUUUUCAACGUGGCAGAUGCCAGCUCGCCAACCUCAUCUAGGGACGAUGGUACAGUGCGCAAGAAGAAGCCUGCGAGACUGGACCUUUCCCAUCUGCUGCCAAAGGUCACACGCCAGUCUAUGCUAACUCCCUCGCGGCCGACGGUGCUUGGGCCAGACAUGAUGACAAAAUCGCCAUCGCUCAUGUCGGAACCUGGCGACAGCUUGCAAUCACCGCAACAGUCAGAUCGCCAACGCAGCUUUCGCAAGAACCUCAGAUCGCUCUCCUCGAGGAAGACCAAGGAGAACUUGCGCAUGGACUCGAUUGAGCGACGCCGCUCCGAAACCAUCCACAGCCUUUACGAUCAUUAUGAACAACAGUGCAUGUACAAAGAUUCUCUUGCCGAGGUGCAAGAGGAGGAGGUUGAGGUUCCCCUCGUUCUCAGCACCGAGGUGCAAGACACAGCCACGUCACCAUCCACUCAUAGCCUGCACACCCCAUACUCGACAUCAACCGGAAUCUCGGGGGCGCAUAGCAAAACCUCUUCGGCCUACACGCGGAACGGGAGCACGCCGGCCACACCGCUGACGGCCGUGAUGACACCAGAUCUCCAUGGGCACGCGCCCAAGUUUGCAGGUGCGGACUGCGCCGAGAGCAUCUCUAGUCGUCACACCCGCACGUCCAAAGCCUCGAGGCGAACCACGCACAGUGGAUUUGACCUGGAUCUCAAGAAGAUUAGUGUCCUGUCGCUUUCCUCCGAUUCCGAGGAGGAUCCUCUCGAAGAUGAUAGCAGGAAAACUUCGGCCAACUCGUCUGUGUUCAAUGUAGACAAGGGCCCGGGUACUCCCCCGAAGACAAAGUUGCCUCCGGUCCCCACGCGAGCCCGCCGAUCAGAAAGCACAAUCCUGCAGACUGCGCAGAUGGUUGCGGUGCUUGGUCCGGCGAAACCUCGCAAAGAGACAAGGCCUUAUACUGCCAGCCUUUUCCCCAAGGUUCCGCAGCAGUCGACACAACCACCCCAGCCAAGACGUUCUGCUGAAGUAGCCCCCCAGACCCUGUCCAGGGCUCCCGUCAUCAACUCUCGGUCAAGCUCGCUGCAUCCUGGAACGGUCAAGAUGAAGCCAGCUCGUACAAAUCUGCGACAGGCCGUUGCGCCUCACUACACGAUCGAUAGUGUUGCCAACGGAACAAGUCAAGUUGGAGACAAUAUCACGUGGACUCGGAAUCAGCUUGAGGGAUACAGCCCUCGGACGGGAGGCAAAGCCAAGGCAAAGGUGCAUCCGACAGGCGGCAGCAGCAGUAGUGGUGGUAGCAGCAGCAGCAGCAGCAAUGAUGUGCGUACUUCUAGCGUUGCGACAGUGAGCGGGUUCGCGGUGUACGAAUCGAAGGAAACAAGGCCAGUGCCAACGGGGAUGGACGCGCUGCCACCGUUGCGUAAUUUCAGGCCAAGUCAGGAAAUGGGCUCAACAACACACCUCUCAAUCUCGGUCGCGUCGGUAUCGGACCAGCCGACCCCACCAAUAUCACCAGCAUCCUCCGAAUUCAACACACAGUCGUCCGCCCCGUCCGCACUCAAGGAGUCCACCGACGAUUCUUCGGUUCAAGUGACGCCAGUGCGUGGGAGCGAGAGAGAUGCCACCUCAUCCUGCCACGGAUCAUCGCCACUCAGCAAAUACACCACACCCUCGCCGAACUCUACUUCGUCGCGGUUCAUGGCCGUGACCCGCCAAGAGGAGAUGCUGCUGGCUGCGCUUCGACUCAAACGCGCGAGGAUGCGCGAGUCCAUCAUUGCAGAGUUCGAAACAGAGGAGCGCGAUCGUGUCAUCGACGCGUUCCCUUCAGUGCCUGGUGCCAUGGAAACAACUGAGACUUCGAGCCUGAACAGGCAAAAGAUGGACAAAGCACCAUCUCACCGUCGGCAGCACUCGAGCAUCAGCACGCUGUCAGGAUUUGAGGCUUCCCUGGCACCUCGACCUCAGCAGAAGGCGGGAACACGCCAAACAGCCGGUCGAAGCUCGUCUGUGAAAUCGCAACGAGUCCCCAAAGCCAGCAGCGUCUCCGGUUCUCACCACAGAGAUGUCUCGCCCAUAUUCUCGACACAGGGCGGGUCGGACGUUGCACUUGAUGCGUUCCCCAUGCCGGAGCGAUCAUCCAUGCUGGCACCGCAAUACCAUCAGCCGACCAAGCAAUGGUCCUUUGAGAGCGGCUUCACCGCCGCCUCCAGCCAGUCCCGUCUUACCGACACCCACGAAGGUUCACCGCCCACCGCAGGGCUGAUGCCGCCGACUCGACAGGACAAGCAGCUGCGCGGAGACCAAUCUCACAAAGAGACGCGCGGGCGGCAGCUGGCAAGAUCCCAGUCCGCCAUGGGCAGUUAUCCAACCAACAUCGCCAGCCCCUCGACUUUCAUGUCGGACCCACGCAGGAAGGCCGCGAGGAUCAGUGCCGUCGGAGGACCUCCCGGUCGGGUGGGGGUCGAGAUGGGCCUCUGGGGCGAUGACGGCUGA